UGGAAAAAAAUUGGUCGUCAGCGAACGCUGGCCGCUGAUUCGCAGCUGAUUCAGACCAGGAAGUGAGAUGCGUCCGCCGCUCACUAGCUUGUUUUUAACCUUAUGCGAUGAAAGCACCAAAUGAUAUAUAAAUUAUAGUUUAUCUGUAUGCAGUAUUUACAACCAGGAGUUUUCCCUUAUAAGUUAGUAACUUGUAACUUGACUCGGGCACGGUGAAGACUCUUAUCGAGUUCUUUUUUAAGCCAUCUGGGAGAAUUGUUGGUCGAAGUUACCGUUAGCAAAGUCGGUGAUGGCCGAAGCACACAGGCAUUGUGUGGUCGGAUUUCUACUCCUGUCACUGCUAUGUGGAUGCACGGCACGGAAACAUAAACUCACCUUAAAGAAUGAAACGCGCUCUACCGUGGACCUCAACAACUUUGGUUUCUUCGCCAAUGGGACUUUGAACGUCAACAUGUCUUCUUUGUGGAUGAAAGAAAAGCUUGUGAACUACAGCACGUAUCCAGUUGGUUUCAGCCUCUCCAGGUCUCGAGUUAGUGGAGUUUUGUCCUACACAGCAGAAGAAACUGAGACCUGUCCGCUCACUUUGACCAAAUCACCCAACGAUGAGCCGCUCAUUCUCUUUCUUAUUGACAUCCAAAGCCUCAGCAUCAAUGUGAAGGCUAUGGGCGACCAGGACAAUGUGUUGAUGGCAAAGCCAAAGACUGAACCAACCGCAGGAAAAAGGAAGACCAGAGAUGCUCCUGCCCCAACGGAGAAAGUGUCUGUCAGUGGGAAGUCAGCAGAACCCGAUAAGGCUAAAGAAAACGUUGAGCAGACAAAAGAAGUUCAGGAAGGCAGAAAAGCAUUCAUGCUGGACAAGGUGACCCAGUUCACCCUAGACUUGCACAAAAUUAAUGGCUCCUACAACUUCAGUUUCGACUUGCUGGUCGGCCCGAAGGCCCAGGGCCUGUACAGCCUCAAGUUCCACUACUGCAUGAACAGGAUUCCCGGGGUGCAGCUUCCGUACUCCUUCACGGUGGAAGUGACCGAGAAGAAUCCAGGAGGCUUCCUGUCUGCAGCAGAAAUCCCUUUGUCCCGCCUCUACCUGUACAUGGCUGGAGUCUUCUUCACCGCCGCCAUAGUCUGGGUCCACAUUCUCAUGAAGCACAGGUACAGCGUCUUUAAGAUCCACUGGCUCAUGGCGGCUCUGGCUUUCACCAAGUCCAUAUCUUUAGUUUUCCACAGUAUCAACUAUCACUUCAUCAACACUGAGGGCUAUCCGAUUGAAGGCUGGGCUGUCAUGUACUACAUAACUCACCUGCUGAAGGGCGCUCUCCUCUUCAUCACUCUGGCUCUGAUCGGCACCGGCUGGGCUUUUGUCAAAUACAUCCUCUCUGACAAGGAGAAGAAGAUAUUUAUGAUAGUCAUCCCUUUGCAGGUCCUGGCUAACGUCGCCUACAUCAUCAUCGAGUCGACAGAGGAAGGCUCCAGCGAGUAUUACCUCUGGAAGGAGAUCCUCUUCCUCGUUGACCUCAUCUGUUGUGGAGCCAUCCUUUUUCCCGUCGUCUGGUCCAUCCGUCAUCUACAGGAGGCUUCAAGCACAGAUGGCAAAGCUGCCAUGAAUUUGGAGAAGCUCAAGCUCUUCCGGCAUUACUAUGUUAUGAUUGUGUGUUAUAUCUACUUCACAAGGAUCAUAGCCAUUCUGCUCAAGAUCACUAUGCCUUUCCAGUGGCAGUGGUGUUAUGAGUUUCUUGUGGAGGUCUCCACGCUGAUCUUUUUUGUGCUGACGGGUUACAAGUUCCGACCAGCAUCCAACAACCCCUACCUGCAGCUUCCCCAGGACGAGGAGGACGUGGAGAUGGAUGAAGUGGUGACCGAGUCAGGUGCUCUGGAAGGAAUUUCCAAAGUCAAGAAGACUUCUAACGGACGUGAGCGCCAGAAAGAACCCGUCGCCAUCUGAGCGAAGAGCUUCAUCUUCCAGAGAGACCAACUGAACCCCCCCCUCGCAUGGCGAAUGGAAGGUGGUGGGAGGGGGACACAGAUGGACCAAGACUCCCUGCUUUCAUUGAAGGCUUUCCUCUUGAAACUGAGUGGUUCCAGUGGUCAUGUCCGCUGUCUGGCUAUGCAAAAAAAACAAAAAAAUAAAUUAAAAAAACAAAACAAAAAAAGGACUAACAUGCGGGACGCUCCGAUUUCUCCACACAGAAACUCCCAAGAUUCCGGAGGUUUCUGUUGACGCGGACUUGUGGAGAUACUGAGACGAGCCCUUUUUUUGGUCGCUGUUGUUUUCUUUUCAGUUUUUCUCCAAAGAUAAUUAUUUUAGAACAGAAAUUUGCUCUCGAGUGUGUUUAUAAACUAUUUAAAAACGGUACUUCUGGAAGCCUUCUUACCUUCUCUUGUGUGAAGCUAGAACAUUGUGCGUACGUGAAUGUGCGAAGCUGCAGGAUUUUUUUGGAGACAAUGGCCCAAACUCAGGUAAAAGGCUCAUUCGGUGUAGUUCUAUUUCGGCACUGUAUCCCACCGCUCAGGGGGCGGGGCGUUAUCAUUUCCCAUCAGUCAUGGUGCAACUUCCUGUUCAUGCAGCACAUUUGUUUUUGCUUUUGCUUCUAUGGAUGUUUGAAGUUGUAUAUUUCAAUAUGUUGAUUUCCUGCAUAACCACAUGUUUCCUGUCUGCGCUGAGGAGGGAGAUGUUCUCCUCGUUUGGACCUCUGCUGUAAUUUAGUGCUUUGAGGAAAGCUCCUCCUCCUCUUUCAAAUUCUGACUCCAACUUAUCAGAGCGGUGGUCCUGCUUUGAUCUCUUGUUUUUUUUUUUUUUUUCUUUUUGGCCUGGAUGUUGCAGGAGAAGUGUCUUUGCAGCUUUCUAAACACUCGGUUUUAUCAUUUGCUCUUGAUGAUGUGAAGCUUUUCCUGAUGACUACUUCUCUGUUUUCGGCCCGUGCAGCCAGGCUCAGUACACGUGUAAAUAAGACUGUUAAUACAGAGAAUUUCUUCAUGUUUCGGGUGAAAUCCACAGAUGAGAUUUGUUCUUUUUUUUGGCAACAAGUUGAGUAAGUUAACAUUAAACAGUUAUCGGAGUCUCCUGAUGUUUAACCGUUCCUGUUGGCAGAAGACAGAGCUGCUGUGUUUACACUUUGUGUCUCCAGGCUCUCAGUAUUGGAGCUAAAGAAACAGGUUCGUUUAAAGGUGGUGAAGAAAGGUGAAUUAUUUUUGCUGUUUUUGCUCAUUAAAGGAAUCUGAUUGAUGUUUAUAUUAUUGUCACAAUAAACCGGAUUUCUGAACGGA